AUGUUACUGUUAUUUCUUUUAUUUUCUUUCUCGACGGCUGCAGUUCUCGAGCAUAAAUUAAUAUGGAGGGAAUCUCGAAUGAUUGAAAUGAUUCGAAAUGGAGAAUAUCCAGCUUAUCUUGAAUACAAAGAGAAUCUUGCAAGACAAUCGAAAUUGUCAACUGUUGUUCAAUCAACAACUGAUUAUGUUUAUUAUGAAUAUAUGGGAAAUAUUACAGUUGGAACACCGGAUCAAAAUUUCAUUGUUGUUCUUGAUACAGGAUCUGCUAAUUUGUUGAUUCCGGGAACAAAUUGCACGUGAGUUCUAUUUAUCGAAAACAUUUAUUAUUAUUUAAUUUUUGAAAAAUAUUUCAAAAUUUAACUGCUCAAUUAUACAGAACAUACUGUGAAACAAAGCGAAAAUUUAACGAGAAGGCUUCGUCAACCUAUGUUGCUACUAAUCGUCCAUGGGAAAUUCAUUAUGCUAGUGGAGACGCAUAUGGUACUCUUGGUAUGGAUACUGUGAAAAUCGGUGGCACCGGUGAAGCUCAACUUGCUAUUCCGAAUUCUUAUUUGGGAGUUGCUGAUACUGUUGGAUCAGAUUUCAAAUGGAGUCCGAAAGAAGGAGUUUUUGGUUUGGCAUUCACUGCUUUAGCAGUUGAUAAUAUUACUCCACCAUUGAUCAACGCUAUCAACCAAAAUCUUUUGGAUCAACCAAUUUUUACAACAUGGUUUGAUAAACGGGGAACACCAGGAACUGCAACUGGAGGUGCAUUUACUUAUGGUGCAUUAGACACAACUCAUUGUGGUGCAGUCAUUGGGUAUGCCACAUUAACAAAUGUUAGACAUUAUCAAUUCCAAGCAUCUGGAUUUUCUUUGGGAUCUUAUGUUUCAACAACAUCUUAUGAAGUAAUUACUGACACCGCUACUUCAUUCAUUUGUGGACCACAAGCUGCUGUUGAUAGUUUAGCUGCAGCAGCCGGGGCUACGGUUGGUAAAUUCAAAAAAUUUGCGAAAAAAACCUUUUUUUCAGUGGGAUAACUCGAAUCAAGUUUUUAAUAUUGAUUGUAAUGCUGAUGCAGGACCGAUCAAAUUAAAAAUCGGAAACUUCAAUUACGUUAUCAGAGCUAGUAACUACAUUAUGAACAUCGGCAAUAAUCAAUGUCUCUUUGCUGUUAUUCCACAAUCUUAUGCUGGUUUUGGACCAUCGUGGAUUCUUGGUGGACCAUUUAUGAGACAAUAUUGUAAUGUGCACGAUAUCGGUAAAAAACGUGUUGGUUUUGCACUUUCGAUGACUUUCUAA